UUCCAUCUCUACAUGGAAUACAACCACAUUCAUAUUGAAUCAAUUUGGACUGUCUGACUUUGGUUUACCUAUUGCCUUGCAGUGUCUGGCAGCACUGUGUUCCUGUUAGAGCCACCAGCACAAGCACCAGACGAUGCUGAUCCAGGUGAAAGCCCCAGUGCAGCAGCAACAGCACAUGAUGGAGACGAUGAUGAGGAGGAGACCAUCUCUCUGGAUUCCAGAAGGCAUGAGGACCCAGAUGCUAUACAGUGGGAAAACCAGCCUGGCAACAUAAGCUCACAAGCUAUCAGAAAGUUGUAUGGCAACCACCUCCGGCGCCAAAUAGAACUGGCAGACAUAGACAUUCAGUACAAGAAGAAAAAGAUAGAAAAUCUUGCACUGGAGUCCGAAAUAAAAAAGAGGACAAUUAGGAAACUGGACCUUGAAAUAAAAAAAACUUGAGAGGGAGGUGAGAUAUGCCUUCAAUGUACACUGUAUGCUAACUGUAACACAAAUGUAUUAAUCAUUAUUUUUCUUUCCUCCCCCAGCUCCAAGAAGAUGACACAGCUCAAAAUAAAAAUUAGGUAUAUUCUCGUAAAGUCAAGUGAGCCAUGACAUAUGAGCUCUUAUUGUGAGCACACAGGACGGUGGCAUCUUUCUAAGGUAUCUUUUAUUUUCACAGCAAUCAGUACAACCAAGUCAUCGUUAUAAGGCACCGGCCUCUUUUGCCCACCCCCCCAGCACCAGGUGUGGCCACUAGCCUAUAUGAAGGCCCAAAAUUGUGUGUUACUUUCUGCUCUGACAAUGGCAUGCCCAUUCUUGCGAGAUGUGGUGGAUGAAGAAGCACUUGUGCUGAGGAGAGCCUUCAGGCGAGAAAGGGUCUUCAGGGACCGGUUGGACCCACUGGCCUUCCCUGAUGACCAUCUAUAUGAAAGAUACAGGUUUUCUGCAGAUGGCAUCCGGUAUCUAUGCAGACUACUGGGUCCCAGGAUUAAGCACCGCACUGCACGGAGCCAUGCACUGAAUGUGGAGCAAAUGGUUUGUGUGGCCUUGCGCUUUUUUGCUAGUGGAGCCUUCCUGUACUCAGUGGGGGAUGCAGAACAGCUGAACAAGGCCACAAUUUGCCGCACAAUAAGGAGUGUGUGUCUGGCUAUCAAAGCAUUAGCAGAUGUCUUCAUCUCCUUCCCUGGCCACAGAAGACUCUGUGACAUGAAAGGGGAGUUCUAUAGGAUUGCAGUGGACUGCACACACAUAAGGAUAAAAGCCCCCUCAGGUGCCCAUGAGGCCGAUUUUGUGAAUAGGAAAUCCUUUCACAGCAUUAAUGUUCAGAUGGUCUGCAAUGCUGACUGUGUGAUCAGCAAUGUUGUGGCAAAAUGGCCUGGCUCAGUCCAUGACUCCAGAAUCUUUCGGGCCUCUGAAAUCUAUCAGUGCCUAUCACAAGGUAAGCCACACAACCCCUAUUUAUAACCAUCAUGGCUGUGUCAAGAAUAUCACUGUGUUUAUGAGGUAGUAAUGAUGAGAUUUUGUGUUGA